AAGCUUGCAACUUUUUUUUAAAGUAUAUUAGGUAAUCGAGCAAGAGGGGAAGAAGCCUUGCAAAGAAUACAGCUUAAAAAUGGAAUCGUCGAAUCAAAAAGGAGAAGCUAAGACGGCUAAAGGUGUCAAACGUCCCGCGGAAAAAGACCCAGACGAUGAUUAUGUUAAGAAAAGGGAAAGGAACAAUAUUGCUGUGCGGAAGAGUCGCAUGAAAGCCAAGGAACGGAUCGAAGAGACUCGGAAGAGGGUCGUGGAGUUAUCAAAAGAAAACGAAGAGUUGCGAAACAAAGUGUCUUUACUUCAAAAGGAGUUGAACGUUUUAAGAUCUCUGUUUGCUAACGGUGGGAUUACAGUUCCUUCGGAAAUAAAUGUUCAAUUUACGAACUCGAACAGUGAAAACGUAAACCAAGCUGUAGUUUUGACCGCUGUCACAACAUCACUGGCGAACGGAUCACUAAUUCAAGAAAAUCGCAAUUCAGGAAGCGAAGGUCUAGAAAAUGGAAUGAAUAAUCAUGUUAUCAAGAAAGAAUCAUAGCAUACAGCCGUCGAUUGAACUAACAGCUGAAACAUUUAGAACUUAGAUUUAGAAAAUUUAAACAGUAACUAGUAACAGCUGAUAUGAUGUGCCUUUCACCUUUGACUUUGUAGCUAAGACUGUCACUGUCACUCAUGGCUGCAUUUGUCAAUUUUCACGCGACGUUGUUCGUUUAGAAGUUUUAUUUAUUUAGCUGCUUAUUAUACUAGGUUAGCUAGGGUCAUUUUGGUUGGUAUCUGUUUUUGAUUAAGGUUUGAUAGGUAAUGUACGUAAUGUAUUGUUUGGUCACGAUCGACUGAAUGUCACGGUGAUUUCAAAGUUAUGGUAUAGGAAAAUUAGCAAAUCUCCAUCAAAACACAGCUAAUGUGAGCUCCUUGAAAUAAGAGAAGACCUCACCUGGGGUGCUUACCAUUUACACUAACCAUCUGGGUGGUAAUCUUGUGCAUAAACAUCAAACUACAAAAUUUCACAUGCUUGGAGAAUGACCUGCUACAAAGUAUAUCCAAAUCAGCUGAACAGACUAAAAAGAGUAGAAAAAUUGCAUGACCUCAGAUCAUAGCCCAUGUUUAUUCCAAAGGAAGUGGCAAGAACCAUUUUUAAUUACAAUUUCCCUAUUUGACUAUCAUGGAAAUGGCAAGUAUCCCAGAUUUUGAUGUCUUAAAAUAAGGAGACAAUCACACAAAGUUUUGUGGCUGGCAUAUAUGAUGUGGAACCAUCUAAUACUCAUUAUUUUAAUGGGGGAAUGAUUGAAAAAAUUUCUCAGGAAGGCCAGAUAACCAGGUUACUAUUUUGAAAGACACUGCUCCACUUUAUUCUUUUGCUUUAGUAACAAUCAUUUUAAGGGGCUUUUUUCUUCCAGUCACAUCACUAAGGAAUAAAAUAAUAAUAAUAAUAAUAGUAAUAAUAUCAUGUAGUAGUGAUCCAUUUGUACUUGAAGUUACUCUAUAAACAACAUAAACUUUACAAUGUAAUUAUCUUGAUGUAAAUUGUGCUUUUUUGAGUUUUUUUUUCACAUUAGUUUAUGGCAAGCUUUUUUUUUAAACACUGAUUUAGAUGAAUUAGUAGGUUAGAGGAUCUCAGCUUUCUACGAGUGCUAAUAAGAAAUUUAUAGUAUUUCCCAUGGAAGAAUUUUGCUGUAUAACAGUAUAUUAACUGUAUUUGAAGAAAGAUUACUAGAAAUCCUUUUGACGAGAAGAUAUAUAUGAUAUGUUUCAGAUUAAAGAACUGCCUGAUGUGAACUAUAGUAUUAUAUGGUGUAAAGUUAAUUUUAGUUGUCUCAAAUUUAGUCUUUUCUGUAGGCUCGAUCGCCAGCUACUGUUCAGGAGAUGAACUUGUGCUUCUCCCCAGAACAGUUCCUCUCAGGGAGGGCAGAGAGGGUGGCAGAAUCGAGCCUAUC